AGUGGCUGCAGACAUCGAGCGGAAAAAGGUGGCUGCAGACAUCGAGCGGAGACACAUGGCUGCAAACACCGAGCGGAGACCAGUGGCUGCAGACACCAAGCGGAGACGAGUGGCUGCAGACAUCGAGCGGAAAAAGGUGGCUGCAGACACCGAGUGGGAGACAGUGGCUGCUGACAUCGAGCGGAGACAAGUGGCUGCAGACACCGAGCGGGCAAGACUGGCUUCAGACGCCCCACGGUCAAGCAUGGCAAUUGACUCCUGCAGCGUCUGUGUGGGUGACAAUGGAACGAUUCUCGAGCACAUUGGAAGCAAUCAGCGAGUACAUGAUCAUCCCAGAAUUGCCUUUGCUGCCACCAUUUCAAGUAAUCCAGCAGUUCAAGAGCUUACCGGAUUUCUUGAUGUUUCUGGUCUUCUUGGUGUUGAGGCAUCAUGAUCAUUCCACCUCCGUAUUUCCACGUCAUCAUCCUUCACCAGGCAUAGAGAACCAGGAGCUCAAAUCCAUGAUCACCUCUUAUUUGUUUCCGAUGUUCUUGUCGUCAGGGUACCAGGAUCAUUCCAACUCUGUGUUACCAGAAAGCCAUUUCCCACCGCACAUGAAGAUCAUCCAUGCUAUGGGAGUCUUUGAGAGCUUCGCGAACGAAGCACAGGAACGAAGUCGAUCAACUUCCGACGCUCUCAAGUACGCAUGUCAAAACUGGACUGUUCAUCUCUCGCGAGCUCCCAUUACAUGGGACGAGAGCCUCGACCGUAUAUUUAAGUCUUUCUGGAAUCGCUAUCUCCUCUCUUGGUUCGAAAGGCAGUGGUAUUUGAAGGGUCUACGGUCUUGCAUCAUUAUUUUAUCCGAAGGGGAGAAACUCGUGAAGGAACAUUUCCUCCAAGCUUCAGGAUCAUCUCAGUCAAGCAUUUGACGCUGUCGGUUUUAUGCCACAUGUCACGCCUGUCUUGUUAUCGCACACCUAUUUCUUGCCAUUUAUAGCACUCAUACGCAGUAUUCAUCGAAUUUCACGCUCCCAGGUCAUUGGACUGGGGAAAUAAAGACCAUACGACUUGAAAAGUAGCAAUGUUACUACAACGAAUCACUGGCAUGCGCGUGACCAAGCAAGCUUGAUUCGUGCACUUGAAUAAGCCUGGUAGAUAUAAAACACUGUCGUCUAUUGACAUAAAAACGUUACUGGUACUGUGUAGCCUAGCUAGCGACCGCUCUAUGGAAG